AUGGCUGCUCAAUCUUUUUGGACGUACCUCUGGGCCGUUUUACUGCACAAGAACUCCCUCUUUCUGUUCUUGCUCGUGUUUCGGUACCUGAGGUUUGUCGUCCACCUGGUAAGUUUCUUCCUCUAUCGCCCCACUCCCACUGCACGGUUUCCAUCGCUGACGGAAAGAGACUGCACAGUAGUCAUUCCCACUUGCGAUCCGGAGGACCCAGCCUUCUCUCGAUGUGUCGAGUCAGUCGUGAGGGCUUCCCCUGCAGCCAUCCACAUCGUGGCCGUGGGCAAGGAGCAAGAGAAACAGGUAUUGUCGACCAUAUCCCCAUGCAUAAGUCGCUUUCCCAGCAUCUGCUUCCGAGUCUCGUCGAGCGUCCAGGCACACAAACGCCAUCAAAUCACAGCUGCCCUGCCGGCAGUCAGCACGUCGAUCACGGUUCUAUGCGACGACCAUGUGAUUUGGCCCUCCGCAAACAUCCUGCGGGCAGCAGUCGCGCCGUUCGAGGCCGACGAACGGGUCGGCGGCGUGGGCACCAACAAGCGCGUGAUCCGCCAUGCGGACAAGGGCCCGUGGGCGGGCUUCUGGAACGUGAUGGGCGCCUUGUACCUGGAGCGACACAACUUUGAGCACACGAGCUCCAACGCGGUCGACGGCGGCGUCGCCGUCAUUAGCGGCCGGACCUGUCUCUACCGCACGUGUAUCCUCCAAGACCCGGCGCUGCUGGCCGGGUACCUGGACGAGCGAUUCCUGUGGGGUCUCUGCGGCCCGUUGAACGCCGACGACGACAACUUCCUGACCCGGGCGCUGGUCCGGCGCGGCUUCAAGAUCAAGUUCCAAAACACGCCCGAGGCCAUGAUCCUCUGCGACGUCGGCGAGUACCCCAAGUUCCUGCAGCAGUGUCUUCGCUGGGCGCGCACCACGUUCCGGAGCAACACGUGCUCGCUGGUCACGGACCGCGCGGUGUACCAGGCCCAGCCGUGGGCCGUCUACUCGCUCCAGAUCAGCCUGAUGGUCAACUUCGCGCUGUUCUACGACGCCGCGCUGGUGUGGACGCUGACCCGGACGGACUUGUACACCGCGACCACCGUGAAGGCGCUGGUCCUGUGGAUCCUGGUCUCGAAGCUGCCGAAGCUGCUGCCCUAUUUUCUUCGGCACCCGGCCGAUCUGGUCUAUCUUCCCGGCUACUACGUGUUUGCGUACUGCCACUCGCUGAUCAAACUGUGGGCCCUGCUGACCUUCUGGGACACUCGGUGGUCUGGACGAAAUUUGGACGGCAUCAACCUCACUGCUGCUGCGGCGGGUGCGGAUUCGGGAGGCGAGGGCGAAGGCGAGGGGAGGGGUGGAAGGAAAGAUCCCGGACCAGACGCAUCGCCGGCCAUGAGAGCUGAAGACUUCUCCCUCCACAACACUGUCGGUCCCCCGGCCAGCCAGUACCGCGUCAAGACCCCCUGGGGCUCUGUGCAAUCACGGAACCUACACCAACUCCCGGCCAACAUCCUCCAGACGCAGCUCAGCAGCAGCACCAAGCGGAGCCUCGCCCGGACGACCCGUCAACAUUGGCAUGGGAACCACAUGGAGGCCGGCGUCAUCCUCCCCGACGCUUUCGACGCCGGGCCUGGCCUUGAAACGGUGACGCCACCCCAAAAUAGCUCGGUUCCUCCCCCUCCACGAAUAAUCUCGAGCUCGAGCAGGAAGGCCGAUGACACGUACUCGCGCUCCUGGAGCCGACGGGGCGAGUGCGGAAAACUCCACGAGGGGUAUCACCUGCGCCGAGGCUGCGUGCUGGGACCAUGA